AAAAUUAAUUUAGUCAGGGUUUAUGUUUUACUAUUUACAGGGUCACUAUCUAGAAUAGCACUGUGCAGAGGAACACAAUUAAAAAAAUAUAUUAAUUUAGUCAGGGUUUAUUUUUUACUAUUUACAGGGUGACAUUCUAGAAUAGCACUGUGCAGAGGAACAAAAUUAAAAAAAUAUAUUAAUUUAGUCAGGGUUAUUUCUAAUUAUUUGCAGUGUGAUUCUAAAAUCUAAAAUGUAGAACUGCACUGAAAAGACUUAUAAAUAAGAGAUUUGCUGCAAUGUUAGUAUACCAAAGCACAAUAGUAAAUAGGGAUAUUGCAGGAUGUGUCCUUCUACAAAUGCACAAACCUAUAAAAUAUAUAACUAACCAUAUAAAGCCCAUUAGAGCUCACGUAUAGCUAUGUGCAUCAUAUAGAUGACUCCAUAUUCCCUGUUUAAAUAAAUGUGGAAGAGUUUCUAUGGAGAAUACCUACAUCCUACUGCGUGAUUAAUAAUGAUGUAAAAUAGUCCCUGAAAUGGUAGCAAAAUAAAAAGAAGAAAAAAAAAUGUGAUCUUUUAAUCUCAGUUGGCCACAAUUAAAGGGGACUACAUUGUAUAACUGAAAUAUCCUUUUGCAUAAAAACAUAUGGCUUUGCUAUAAAAAAUUAUGACUGGAAAACACUGACCCAUUAAUAGCCUGCGGACUGAUUUAUACCUUAUUGUUCUGCUGCGCAGUCACAUGGCUCCAGCAGCCAAUAGGAAUGCAGUCUGCCUUCAACUUAUUAGGUGACUGUACUUCUUUGUAGGACCAAGUUGUUACAUGAAAUCUGCAGUUUCAUAAUUUCAGGAGGUCCUUUGCUCUGUUCUAUGGCCAUGUCGACUUCUGGGACUCUGAGCAAUUAUUAUGUGGACUCUUUUAUAAUUCACGAGGGGGACGAGCUGGUCCAGUCUAGGUAUGGCUCUGGCUCUCUGGCUCAGCCACCCAGGCAGGCAGCCCUGGGAGAACAUUCUGAAUACAAUCCGUGCAGCUUCCAAUCUAAAACGUCAGUGUUUAGCAGCCCAUGGAACCCAGUGCACCCUCAGACUGCCAAUAACGUGUACCACCCCUAUGUGCACCACCAAGCACCCCUAACAGCUUCAGAUGGCAGCAGGUAUAUGCGAUCCUGGCUGGAUCCCAUGCCAGGAUCAUUGUCUUUCCCAGGCUUACCAUCCAGCAGACACUAUGGUAUUAAACCUGAGCCUCUCCCCAGCAGCAGGAGGGGGGAUUGCACCACGUUUGAGGCUCACACUCUGUCUUUGUCUGAUUAUGCCUCUGCCUCUCCGGCUGCUGACAAGGAAAAGCAAAAUAACGACGGUGGCUUUGCUGCCAGUAGUGGAGAAAGCCUUACAAAUGCAGAGAAGCCUCCCAUUGACCCAAACAACCCAGCAGCUAAUUGGCUGCAUGCAAGAUCCACCAGGAAAAAACGCUGCCCUUACUCCAAGCACCAAACCCUGGAACUGGAAAAGGAGUUUUUAUUUAAUAUGUACCUCACAAGGGACAGGAGGUAUGAGGUGGCCAGAGUCCUCAAUCUUACAGAAAGACAAGUUAAAAUUUGGUUCCAGAACAGAAGAAUGAAAAUGAAAAAAAUUAACAAGGACCGACCAAAGGACGAUUGAAGCAGUGGAUGGAUUUACUCAAACAAGCGAUUCUACUGUAUCCAGGCCUCAUUUUUUUUCCCUUCUGAUAAAACAUUGAUCACUUUAACAAAACCAAGAACCAUUACAGUCAUGGUUUACGAGUGCUAUCAAAGAGGUACUGUUUAUUCCUUAAAUUAUUUCACGAACAUGGCAAAGGGGCAUUAGGGUUGGGCUGGCUUACAAAAAAAAAUCUACCUGUUCUACUUCUACAAAACAGACUACCUUACUAUUGUGCACAAUUAUAUAUUGACUGUACAGACUAGCCGAGUAGUAGUUAUAAUUAUUAUAAUUAUUAUUAUUUGCUCUUUGUGCAGCAGGGAAGUCUGCUGGUAUACUUGAAUAAUGUGUUUUAUGUAGUGAAUCUGUGACCGAUUUAUGUGCGUGAAUGUCGUACAAAACUGCGAUCUAGGAUUAAAUUGAAACUCAGGUUGUUUAAAAUAAGGUUAGUUUUAGUACACAAGCUUGUAACGUUAUUUGUUCUCUCGUUAUAUAGAGAUAUAUAUAUAUAUAUAUAUAUAAAAAGCUGUUGGAAGAAAUGUCCGAUUGAUCUAUAAAAUAUUCACCUCAGUAAAUGUGGCAAUCAAACGACUGCAACAAUCUGAAAUGUUGUCUACGAUUAGGUGUACCUCUAACGCCAGUCCUGUAUAUUGUCUAGAAAUAAAAGAUAAUGGACUAUUUAGCUUGAUAAUGUGCUAGACUUGGCACAGAGGAGCUGAUGUUCAAACUCGAUCUACAUAUAUAUGCAUUAAUAUAUAUGCAGAGGGAGGGUUCUACUACCUAUAGCUUGUGUUAUGUCCUACUUGCUCACUGUAUUGAAGCUAAAUUUAUUAAGAAUAAUAAAUUAUACACAGUAACAUUAAAUUGGGUAUAUUUCUAUCUUUAAACAAUAAAAUAAUAAUAAUUUAUUCCUAA